CAUUAAGGGAGAUGCUGGGUCACUGAGGAUGGGGAACCCAGAGCUCUGGACCGCAGCGCCAGGAGGACGCAGCGGUGCAGCUGAUCCUUCCGAAUGCGAUGCGCACAUAUACCUCAGCUAGCUCUCAGCAUCUUGGAGUCACAAGACAGAUAAUCCCAGGCUGCGAGUAUCUCAGAACUCUGGUCCCCAAUGCACAACGGCAAUUCUCUUGCUGAACUCUGAACCUUUAGGAUCUAGUUGGUACCGCCUAGGCCGCCUUAGGAGCUGUCCAGUGCUGAUUACGGAUGCGGCGGUGCCCCUGUGGUGCUUGGAGGGACAGAGCCUGCCGCGCCCCGCAGAGCCCCAGGCCGAGCUGCUGAGAGCGCUGACGCAGAGCCCUGGGAGAGCUGGGAGCACUUGGCUCUGAGAUGGACAUGGAUCUGCAGAGACCCGACUCCUACCAGGGCGGAGCUGGCCCUCACUUCAGCGAGCAUGUCCUACAUAAGACCAUCCUGGUGGGUGACAGUGGCGUCGGGAAGACAUCUCUACUCGUUCAGUUCGACCAGGGCAAGUUCAUCCCUGGCUCCUUCUCAGCGACUGUGGGCAUAGGAUUCACAGUGAUGCUUCUGGGAGACUCGGGUGUCGGCAAAACCUGUUUCCUGAUCCAAUUCAAAGACGGGGCCUUCCUGUCCGGAACCUUCAUAGCCACCGUCGGCAUAGACUUCAGGAACAAGGUGGUGACAGUGGAUGGUGCCAGGGUGAAGCUUCAGAUCUGGGACACUGCAGGACAGGAGCGCUUCCGUAGUGUGACCCACGCUUAUUACCGAGAUGCUCAGGCCUUGCUCCUGCUGUAUGACAUCACCAACAAAUCUUCUUUUGACAACAUCAGGGCCUGGCUCACAGAGAUUCAUGAGUAUGCCCAGAGAGAUGUGGUGAUCAUGUUGCUAGGCAACAAGGCGGAUGUAAGCAGUGAAAGGGUGAUCCGUUCUGAGGAUGGAGAGACACUGGCCAGGGAGUAUGGUGUUCCCUUCAUGGAGACCAGUGCGAAGACUGGCAUGAAUGUGGAGCUGGCCUUCCUGGCAAUUGCCAAGGAGCUGAAGUAUCGUGCAGGCAGGCAGCCUGAUGAGCCCAGCUUCCAGAUCCGUGACUAUGUGGAGUCCCAGAAGAAGCGCCCCAGCUGCUGCUCCUUCAUGUGACUCCCAAAGGGUGAAGAGGAGGCCCAGAGACCCUUGGGAAUGCAGUCCUUCUAACUGCCCAGCCAACCAGGAGAGAGCUGGGAGUUCAGUAGGCAGCCCUGGCCAGGGAGGUAGCUGCCACCCUUGUUUUUCAAGCUUCCCUGUGUCAUGGGAAGGGUAAAAUAAUCAUAGUUUAUCUUAAUAUAUAUAAACUAACACCAAAAAAGGCACCAGUGUGCCAUCCCUAAAAAGCCAAAAUAGGGAGGGACUUGGUGGUCCUUCUGCCUUCUGGGACUGGGUUCUAAAAGCCUGGCCCUCCCUUCUAGCAAGGGUGUUACUGCACCAGCAUGGCACCAGGGGACACCAAAGCACUGCUAGGGUGUGUGUGAGCUGGUUGUGAUCCUGUGACCAUUCACACUAGGAAGGCUAAGGAGACCCCAGCCUUCUCUUCUUCCAGCUCCCCAGAGGACAACCGUUCCCAUUAGGAAGGUCCUUAGUGCUGGGAGCUAGCCCAAAGCCUCAGGAAAGAUAAAAGUGGAUAUUAGGGGGUGUGUGUAAGAAGCAGUUACUUGGGUGGGGUCUGCUCAGCUACCUCUGGGCUUCCUCACCCUCCUUUUGGAAGUAUUCCCUUUUUCUCUAGCAUACAAGCACAGUGCGGCAUCUGAAAAUAUUACUUUCCAUUCUCUGGACCUCACAUCUCAGGGGACGCCCUACCAACCCAUGGAAUCUCUCCCACCAGCUUUCUGCCUGGGUUCCUAGAGGUCAGAGCCAAUAAAAAAUUACCUUCCUUCCUAAUCCUGUGACAAGGUGUACAGCACCUCAGCUAUUUAAAGCAGAGGUGAGAGCCAGACAAGGAACUCACUGGCUCCUAGAGUGGGCGGGAAGCAGAACUGAACAACCUCACAGUCCAAUUUUUCCCAUUAAGCCCCAGCUCUCUGUCUCCUCCGUGCUCUUUCCUUUAACUUCAGACUAAUACUAGGGUCAAACAGUUUUAUCUCCUCCUCUUUUACUAAAUCAGGUGAAAGGGUGGGGUGUUGUCCAUUUCUGGGUGAAUAAUAGGUGCAAAACAAGGUAGUUUGGUCAAGCUUUGGGUAUGGAGAAGGGCAGCAAGGAGGUCUUAUAGACCCAAGGCCAUGUGUCUCCCAAAGCCCUGGCCUCACCCUGGAGGUAUGCAGAUCCAUGACCCACAGGCACCUUUUACUGCAGUUCUGUAGGCAGGGCAGAGACUGGUGCACCAAGAAAGUAUGCAUUGCACAUUUCUGAGUUAACUGCAUUUGCUUUCAAGGCAGAAAUCUUGGUCUCUGAGCAGAGUCAGAGCUCUAAACUCGGGUGAUAAGGAAGCUCUCUGUGACCUCUCACAGGCAGAUGGAGGAGGAGCCUGGGCUUGCCUGUUCUCUUCUGUUCUCUGAGCAGGUUGCAGGAGCUCCUGUCCCAUAGCUCUGGGUCUCCGGCAUUUGUGUUUUUCAGAAUUAAAUUGCAGUAUUUUGGAAAGUA